AUGUCGAUUAAACGCGCAUUAUCCAAAAUAAAGCCCAAAGGGAGUGAUGAUGACACCAGCGGCCUUUCGAAGCUUGCCAUAUCUCCUUCGCCGCGUCGCAGUAUCCUCGGUGGCUUCCUCCGCGACAAUAGCUACGUCUCCUCCUCCGAAGAUGUCUCCGAUGACUCCUCGUCCGGGACCAUGAGUAAAAACCAACAGAAACGCAUGGCCCGCCAGCAACGGCGAAAUGAGCGCAGUCGACUGAGCGAGGAGCGACGUUCGGAAGAUUCCGAACAGACUCGUAAGAGUGAGGUUGACCAAGCUGUUCGUUCGGAGACGCCCGAUAUGAAAGCCCGAUAUGGUGACCUGCCUCUCCUUCAAUCGCGCGAUCGUCCACGAGAGCCCCGAGCUCACUUCAAUGAUAUUUCGGCUACGUCCGCCGGCCAGGAGAUUAUCUUCACGGCCCGUCUACAUGUCAUACGUCGCAUGAGUGCGAAGCUUGUUUUCUUGGUCUUCCGCCAGCAAAUGUCUACCUUCCAAGGCGUUCUGCAUGAGCAACCCGGUGUCAAGUCGAUUGCCAUGGUUCAUUGGGCAGAACAUCUACGGCUGGGCACCAUUGUUCGAGUUCGAGGCACCAUUCAGACACCAGGAGUGCCGGUGUUGGGCUGUACCAUCCAUGAUGUGGAGCUUGCUGUUGACGAGAUACACGUUGUUGUCCGUCGUGAGGAACCAGUUCCUUUCAGUAUCUACGAAGCUGAGCUCCGUACCGCGGAGGAGGAACGAGUGGAAGGCCGCCGAAGUCGCAUCCCAGACCGGACACGUCUGUCAAACCGCCUUCUAGAUCUACGGACUCCAACUUCACAGUCCAUCUUCCGAAUUCAGUCGGGACUUUCCAACCUCUUUCGAACGGCCCUCGAUGACCAGGGCUUCGUUGAAAUUCAUACCCCCAAGUUGCAAGGAGCGGCCACCGAGUCUGGUGCCAGUGUUUUCGAGGUCAAUUACUUUGGUCGCAAUGCUUUCCUGGCUCAGUCUCCCCAGUUAGCCAAGCAGAUGGCCAUUGCUGCCGAUUUUGGCCGAGUUUACGAGAUUGGUGCCGUGUUUCGUGCGGAGAAUUCCAAUACUCAUCGUCAUUUGACCGAGUACACCGGGCUGGAUCUGGAGAUGGCGAUCGAAGAGCAUUACCACGAAAUGCUUGAUGUAUUGGAUGCUGCCAUCAAGAGCAUAUUGAAAGGAGUCUACGGCCGCCACCGCCGCGAGGUUGAGAUUGUCAAGCAACAAUUUCCCUCCGAGGAUUUAGUGUGGCUGGACGAGACGCCUAUUAUCCGAUUCGCAGAUGGUAUCAAGAUUCUCAACGAGUCGGGAUGGCUUAACGAGGACGGCAACCCACUGCCCGAAGACGAUGAUCUUUCUACCAGGGAUGAGAUCCGCCUUGGUGAGUUGAUCAAGGAGAAGUAUCACACCGAUUACUACAUCCUCGACAAAUUCCCAACUAGUGCCCGUCCGUUCUAUACGAUGCCAGAUCCGGAGGACAGUCGCUUCACCAAUUCGUUUGAUAUCUUUGUACGUGGCCAGGAGAUUGUCUCAGGUGGCCAGCGCAUUCACGACCCCCACUUGUUGGAGGAAAACAUGCGUCGGGUUGGAAUCAACCCCGAUUCUAUGGAAGAAUACAUGGAGGGCUUCCGCUGGGGUGCACCGCCCCACGCCGGUGCUGGUAUUGGAUUGGAGCGCCUUCUAAUGCUCAUACUCAAAUUGGGAAACAUUCGUCUUGCGUCGAUGUUCCACCGUGAUCCCAAGAGUUUCCCAGCCAAGCCGCCUACGGUGCAGCUUCGACACCCUGAAUCAUCGACUCUGGAGCCUCCGUGGCGACAUGAGAAGAUUGGUCCUAAUGCUCAAGACAACAGCCAACUCCAGCCACUGGAAAACCUCGUCGCAAACUACGGAGAUGCCACAGCCACAUCCUGGGGUGAUGAACGCUACAAGAUCUGGCGGGAUAUGAAUACAGGGGCGGCGCUUGCCUACGUGCCUAGCUCUAGCAACUAUGUGAUAGUUCCUGGAAAUCCACUGUGUGAUCCUAGUCAGUACAGUCGUACUAUCAACCAAUUCCUACAGUGGAUGAAACGGGAAACCAAGUUCAAGCCUAUCUGGAUUCUGUGCUCCCCCGAGGUAGAGACUAUCUUGGGCGAAAAGCUGGGCUGGCGCAGUUUGUCCUGUAUCGCCGAGGAACGUGUGGAUCCAUCACGCAACCAAGCUGCUUCUGAUGGAGAGAUAGCCCGGAAGAUUCGUCACGCAGAGAACGAGAACGUGAAGAUUGUGACGGUGAACCAAGGAGAGAUGGUUUCCGAUGAAAUUCGUGAGAAGAUCGACAAGCGGAUUCAAGACUGGCUCUCCAAUCGCAAGGGGACUCAGGUGCAUUUGUCUGAAAUCCGCCCCUGGAGAGAUUACCAGCACCGAUGGUACUUCUAUGCUGUCGACAAGUCUGGUACCAUCUGUGCCUUUGUCGUCCUGGCCAUGUUGUCGCCCUCCCACGGCAUGCAGGUCAAGUACAGUCUCGACUUCCCGGGUUGCCCCAAUGGUGUCAUUGAGCACAUCGUCACCCGCGCUAUCCAGACCGCUGCUAAGUCAGGUGUCAAAUCCUUGACUUUCGGUGCCGGCGCCACGGGCACCCUCACGCCGGGCCACAACAUGCAUGGCACCAAGAUGAAGAUGCUGCAGCACACAUACGAGACCCUGGCCAACCAGUUCCACCUUGUGCGCAAGAGUGAGUUCCGUGCCAAACUUGGUGCAAAGGACGACCCUCUGUAUAUUUGCUACCCGCCUCAUGGGCUUGGAUCUAAGGGUAUCCGAGCCGUCCUCAAUUUCUUUGAAGAUUAA